CCGCAUUCGCCCUGAGAGAGGCGGGGCUGCUCUUCUGGCCCCGCUCUCGCGAGCGCUCAGACCUCUCGCGAGACCCGACGCCCGACUUGUGCGCCCGGGAAACCCCGUUGCUCCCUUUCCCCUGGCUGGCAGCGCGGAGGCCGCACGAUGCCUGGAGUUACUGUAAAAGACGUGAACCAGCAGGAGUUCGUCAGAGCUCUGGCAGCCUUCCUCAAAAAGUCUGGGAAGCUGAAAGUCCCUGAAUGGGUGGACACUGUCAAGCUGGCCAAGCAUAAAGAGCUUGCUCCCUACGAUGAAAACUGGUUCUACACACGAGCUGCUUCCACAGCACGGCACCUAUACCUCCGGGGUGGCGCUGGGGUCGGCUCCAUGACCAAGAUCUACGGGGGACGUCAGAGAAACGGGGUCAUGCCCAGCCACUUCAGUAGAGGCUCCAAGAGCGUGGCCCGCAGGGUCCUCCAAGCCCUAGAGGGGCUGAAAAUGGUGGAAAAGGACCAAGAUGGGGGCCGCAAACUGACGCCUCAGGGACAGAGAGAUCUGGACAGAAUCGCUGGACAGGUGGCAGCUGCCAACAAGAAGCAUUAGAACAAAUGCUGGGUCAAUAAAUUGCCUCGUUCGUAAUCCUG